UUCAAUAAAAUGGAAGGAAGGAAAGCGCUGCAGGCAGAUCCCGCUAAUCUGCUGCCCAAGUACAGCCUGAGUCUGUGUCUCCCAACUCUCUGCCCAACAGCAACAUGGCCGCCUCUAGCACAAACUGACUGUAUACACACACUGGGAUUGGCCGCUGAGAUAAACUGGAAAAAGCUCAUUGGCUGAGGGGCGGAGCUGCCUUCCCAGGGGGAGGGGCGAGAGAUCUUCGUGUUUCUCUCUAGUUUCAGACCGGAUAGAGGGAAAGGCUGAACCCUUCCUGUAACUGCAUUAUUCUGUGUCCCUGGGCUGCUGGGUUCCCCAGAGCCACAACCAGAAAUGUUACAGAUAAAGGAAGAAGAACCGGACCCUGAGGACCAUCAGACCCCAAUGGAAAGCUCAGCAGCGCCACUUACUGAUGGGGCUCUCUCCUGUUUGUUGUUAUUAGGGGGGUACAUGAAGGCGGAACCCAAUUUAGACUCUGCUGAACUGCCCAAACCAGAGACUGACUCGGAGUCCGGCACAAGAGAUGGCGAUUGCUUAACAAGCUCUGAUGGAUCAGGUUUUAUCUGCAGUGAAGAUGAGGAAACCUUCUCUGGGAAUAGUGAGCUCUGUGGAUCACAAAUGAGAACUGACACAGGGGAGAAACCAUUCACCUGCACAGAAUGUGGGAAAAGUUUUACUCUCAAGUCAAGCCUUCAAAACCACAAAAAAACUCAUACCGGAAAGAAACAUUUCACCUGUACAGAAUGUGGGAAUGGUUUUACUGACAAGGGAAAACAUCUCAGACACAUGAGAAUUCAUAUAGGGGAGAAAACAUUCACCUGUACAGAAUGUGGGAAAACUUUUACUCGAAAGGCUAGCCUUCAAAACCACAAAAAAAUUCAUACAGGAAAGAAACAUUUCACCUGUACAGAAUGUGGGAAGGGUUUUACUGACAAGGGAAAACAUCUCAGACACAUGAGAAUUCAUUUAGGGGAGAAACCAUUCACCUGUACAGAAUGUGGGAAAAGUUUUACUCUAAAGUCAAGCCUUCAAAACCACAAAAAAAUUCAUAGCGGAAAUGAACGUUUCCCCUGUAUGGAAUGCGGGAAGGGUUUUACUGACAAGGGGAAACUUCUCAGACACAUGAGAGUUCACACAGGGGAAAAACCAUUCACCUGUACAGAAUGCGGGAAACAUUUUAUUGAUGAUAUCAUGCUUCAAAAACAUAAGAGAAUUCACACGAUAGAGAAUCCUUUCACCUGCACAGAAUGUGGGAAAGGUUUUCCUCAUAUGCUAAUCCUUCAAAACCACAUAAAAAUUCACACUGGGGAGAAACCUUUUGUCUGUACGGAAUGUGGGAGAUGUUUUACUGAGAAAAGAACCCUUCAACAUCACAACAAAAUUCACACUGGGGAGAAACCAUUCAUCUGUACAGAAUGCGGGAAAGGUUUUACUCAAAAGACAAGUCUUCUAAAUCACAACAAAAUCCACACUGGAGAGAAACCUUUUACGUGUACAGAAUGUGGGAGAAGUUUUACUGAAAAGAAAACUCUGCGAAACCACAGCAAAAUUCAUACCGGAGAGAAACCAUUCACCUGUUCUGAUUGUGGGAAAAGUUUUGCUCAAAUUAUAAGCCUUCAAAACCACGUCACAAUUCACACCGGAGAGAAACCAUUCACCUGUACAGAAUGUGGGAAAAGUUUUUCUGAAAGGAAAACCCUUCGAGACCACAGCAAAAUUCAUACCGGAGAGAAACCAUUCACCUGCACAGAUUGUGGGAAAAGUUUUAUUCAAAGGAUAAGCCUUCAAAUCCACGUCAACAGUCACACCGGGGAGAAACCAUUCACCUGCACAGAAUGUGGGAAAUGUUUUACUCAAAAGAUAAACCUCAAAAUCCACAACAGGAUUCACACAGGAGAGAAACCUUUUACCUGUACAGAAUGCGGGAAAAGUUUUACUGAAAAGAAAACCCUUGUAAAGCACAACCGCACUCACACCAGAACGAAAAAUGGUGCGUAGUGUUGGAAAUGAGAAUCCUUCAAAACCACAGCAACAAUUGCACUGGGGAGAAACCAUUCAGCUGUACAGAGUGUGGGAAAUGUUUUACUAGAAAGAGAGGACUUUGAAUCCACCAGAAAAUUCACACUGGAGAGAAACCAUUCACCUGUACAGAAUGUGGGACAUUUUUUACUGAAAAGAUAACCCUUCGAAACCACAACAAAAUCCUUACCAAGGAGUAAUCUCUUCUCUUUUGUAGAAUACAGGAAAAAUUUUACUGAAACGGGAAUCCUUCAUAGCCACAGCAACAUCUGCACUGGGGAGAAACCAUUCAGCUGUACAGAGUGUGGGAAAGGUUUUACUAGAAAGAGAGGACUUUAAAUCCAGCAGAAAACUCACGCAGGGGAGAAACCAUUCACCUGUACAGAAUGUGGGAAAUGUUUCACUAGAAAGAGAGGACUUUGAAUCCAGCAGAAAACUUACACGAGGGAGAAACCAUUCACCUGUACAGAAUGAGGGAAAUGUUUUACUACAAAGAAAACCAUUUUAAAAGUACAACAACAUGCCCCCCAAAGAGAACUUUUUGUAUUGUACAUAGUGUAAAAAUACGUUUUAUGCAAAAGAUAAACCUUUGUAAUCGCACUGAUAUUUUUACAGAAGAGAAACCUUUAUUUUGUAUAGAAGCCCUUUAUUGAACCCUUUGAUAACUACGACAAAAUUCCCCUGUAGAGAACGUGGGGCGGGUUUAUCCUGUCGCCCAACAGAGCCGGAGCUUAUGUUCCCGGGACUCCCAGCCGGGAUUACUGCUCUCCCCGUGUAUCCGUGUACUAAUCAUGCUCUGUGUAAGAUAUCUGGCAAGAUGGCGGAACGUCACUGUACUUGGAGGGGAACCAUUAUGGACACAAAAAUAAAAGACAGCUUUUUCUCAUGUAAAUAAGAUAUUUUGUCAAAAUAAUAAAACAUUCUGGUCCUUUUCUGUAAAA